AUGGAAGCUGCAAAGAAGACACGCACCGUGAUGCGAGCGGCAUUCACGCGCGCGUUAAACGACUUGGUUCCAAGGAUAACGGAUGCUAAUACAGGAGCCACGGAUCUAGCCGAGCUACAGGUAUUUCUACAAGUUCUCGAAGACAAGAAUAAGACGCUAGAAGAAGCCAAUUCGGUCUACAUUAAGUGCCUGAUAGAGACGGAAAAGGUGACGACAGAAACAAUCGACACGGAGAUGGCGAGCAACGAUGAGUACAAGCGCAAGUAUAUACGUGCACGAAUGGCGGCCAUGACACACUUACCGAUCGCCGCAAACAAUGCCUUACCUUUCUGGUCACAAUUUAAGAAGAUACACGAGAAUGCCAACAUUAGCAAAGGAGACAAGUUCCAGUAUCUCCUACAGGCGAUGACUGCUCAGUCACUUGCAGCUCAGCUAGUGGACAGUUUUCCUCCCGUGGAAGAGAACUAUGAUGGUGCGAUAGCGAGUUUAAAAAAUCGUUUCGGUCGAGAUGAAGUGCUUGUGGAAGUGUACGUGCGCGAGCUUCUCAAACUAGUUAUGCAGAAUGUUUUGAAACCGAACGAACGAAUACCAUUGUCUAGCUUGUAUGAUAAAAUCGAGGCUCAACUAAGAUCUCUCGAAUCGCUAGGGGUAACGUCUGAUAAGUGCGGCGCCAUGCUACUCCCACUUGUUGAAUCCUCAUUACCCGAGGAAGUCCUACGCGCGUGGCAACGUCAGACAGUUCCGGUCAUGGCGGAUGGAGAGCUAAGAGAGGAACGACUCACACAACUGAUCAAAUUCUUACGGUCUGAAGUAGAGAAUGAGGAGAGAAUAUCUAUCGCAAUGAACGGCUUCGAUUUGAAGAAUAAUGAGCACAAAACAUCAAAGCACAAACAACGCAUGGAUCAAGUAAAAGGUACGCCGUCCGCUAUAAGCCUACACGCGCAAGAAAAACCGAGUAAACUGUUAGACUGUGUAUUCUGUAAAAAGGAGCACGCGAGUGUAAAGUGUGAAAGAGCGCGAAAGAUGUCAUUAGAUGAGAAGAAAUCGCUUCUACAACAAAGAAAUGCAUGUUUCAAUUGCCUAAAAAUCGGUCAUCACAGCCGCAUGUGUAGAAGCAAUCCAAAGUGCGCGAUGUGCAGCAGACGGCACGUAGUGAUAAUGUGCCCAGAUAUAAGCAGCGGAAGGGAAACGACAGUGCCAACUAAUACACAUGAGGUAAAAGAGAAAGUGCUGUCGAACUCUAACCAAACAAGAGAAACGGACGUAAUUUUACAGACAUUACAUGCCAAAAUUCGCAAUGGCCGGGAAGAACGCGUAGUGCGGUUGUUUUUCGAUCAAGGUUCCACUCGAUCUUACGCUACUAAAAACAUUAUCCGGCAAAUGAAAUAUGAACCGAUUAGUGAACACAAGCUCAAACACUCGCUUUUCGGCAACGUCACGUCCGAGAUCAAGAAUCAUAAAAGGUAUGUGGUUCACAUGUGUAGUCUGGAUAACAGCUAUACAUGCAACUUCAAAGUGUUCGACGAAGAGGAAAUAUGCGCAGAAAUUCCUCUGUGGGAGAAACUACCGUGGAUGAACGAAUUGAAGGAGAUAGGUAUACAAAUCACCGAUGGACCAACUAAAUGUGAUUACGCUGCCCCUAUCAAAAUUCUCAUUGGGGCGGAUAUAGCCGGAAAACUCAUGACCGGUCGUACCAGACAACUUAAGCGUGGAUUGACAGCAGUGGAAACGAGUCUCGGCUGA